GCGGCAGCGCGGCAGCAGAAGCUCAGCUCCGCGGCUAGGGGUGGCGGCUACAAUCUGUCAGGUCGCCUCGCUCCCUUUCCUGCUGCUCCUGUGGCAGAGGGACCCUGUGGGUAUUGACAUACAAUUCACCCAUGCCUAUUUCCUGUAAUGGACAAACUUGAUGCUAAUGUGAGUUCCAAGGAGGGUUUCGGAUCAGUGGAGAAGGUUGUGCUGCUCACAUUUCUCUCAGCUGUUAUCCUGAUGGCCAUCCUGGGAAAUCUGCUGGUGAUGGUGGCUGUGUGCAGGGACAGACAGCUCAGGAAGAUAAAAACCAAUUAUUUCAUUGUAUCUCUUGCCUUUGCGGAUCUGCUGGUUUCAGUGCUGGUGAUGCCCUUUGGUGCCAUUGAGCUGGUUCAAGACAUCUGGAUUUAUGGGGAAAUGUUCUGUCUGGUCCGGACAUCCUUAGACGUCCUGCUCACAACAGCCUCGAUUUUUCAUCUGUGCUGCAUUUCUCUGGAUAGGUAUUAUGCCAUCUGCUGCCAGCCUUUGGUCUAUAGGAACAAGAUGACCCCUCUGCGCAUUGCGUUGAUGUUGGGAGGCUGCUGGGUCAUCCCCAUGUUUAUCUCUUUUCUCCCUAUUAUGCAAGGCUGGAAUAACAUUGGCAUAAUUGAUUUGAUAGAAAAAAGAAAAUUCAGCCAGAAUUCUAACUCUACAUAUUGUGUCUUCAUGGUCAACAAGCCCUAUGCUAUCACCUGCUCUGUGGUGGCCUUCUACAUCCCAUUUCUGCUCAUGGUGCUGGCCUAUUAUCGCAUCUAUGUCACAGCUAAGGAGCAUGCCCACCAGAUCCAGAUGUUAGAACGAGCAGGAGCUCCUGCAGAGAGCAGGCCUCAGCCAGCAGACCAGCAUAGCACUCAUCGCAUGAGGACAGAGACCAAAGCAGCCAAGACUCUCUGCAUCAUCAUGGGCUGUUUUUGCUUCUGCUGGGCUCCAUUCUUUGUCACCAACAUUGUGGAUCCUUUUGUAGACUACACUGUCCCGGAGAAGGUAUGGACCGCCUUCCUCUGGCUUGGCUAUAUUAAUUCCGGAUUGAACCCCUUUCUCUACGCCUUCUUGAAUAAGUCUUUUAGACGUGCCUUCCUCAUUAUCCUUUGCUGUGAUGAUGAACGCUAUCGAAGACCUUCCAUUCUGGGCCAGACAGUGCCCUGUUCAACCACAACUAUUAAUGGAUCAACACAUGUCCUGAGGGAUGCAGUGGAAUGUGGAGGCCCAUGGGAGAAUCAGUGCCACCCUCCAGCAACUUCUCCUUUGGUGACCUCUCAAACCACUGAUACUUAGGCCCCUGAGACAAUGACCUAGAAGACACCCAUGCCUCUGAGGGAGGACCAGGUCCUAUGCUGUGACUUGUGUAGGAUUGUACCCAGUAUUCUUACCUGAGGUUCUUUUAUCCACUGGUGCAGGCACCCCAUGCACAUCGGCUUUUCCUCUGAGAUU